UACGCUGUGAGGCAAGCCAAGCGAACGAAAUGAAUUGGUUAGAUAUGCUCAGUAGAUGAUUCUCUCUUCGCGGUGUCAGUCACUCAUUCAGAGAAAAUCGAAACGAGUAAACGUGUAGUAAUCCGAAUCGAGUACGCACGAUGUUAAAACCAUAUUCAUUGUGUACACCUUGAGUUUCAUUUUAGUUUUUCAAAUCUAUUUUUUUCAUUUUCGUUCAUUUAUUUCCUUUUUUGCUGCGUAUACAUUUUCUAUAUAAAUGGCAUUUUGUGCUUGAUUUUUGCGCUGCAAGCAAAUAUUUAUCGUGUUGCAAUAAAAACCACCGUAUUUUCGGGCUUAUUAUUUACGGGUUUGUUUGUUUCGUCCAUUAUUAAAAGAACGCGUUUGGUAAAACUAACAUACAACAAAAAACGGAGUGGUUCGAUUGUUGAAAAACAAAAAAACGAUUUGAUUCCAAGAGUUUAAGGGACCGAGAGAACAAAAAGCAGUGUGACAAACAUUCGUCUGAAUAAACAAUCAAAUCCAAAAAAUACAUGACGUUAAAUAUGUUAGAGAAUAAAAGAGAUUGUGUGAGUGAAUAGCAACCCCACGAUUCAAUUCAGAGAAACGAAAAAUCGAUAAGCAAUUGAGCUACUAUGUGUUUUAUCUCAUCGGAGUGUAUCAACUGAGGUCAACGCAUUUUUAGAAAAGAAAUUGAAGCAAUCAAUGUGUACUGCUUCUACCAGGCUGACUCUUCAGCCAAAUGAUAUUUUAGUUCAAUCACCGUCAAGUACAGAAACCGAAUCCAUCAGAUUCAAGUCCAAUGCGACACUAAAACGAAAAUGAACUCAUUCAUCCGUUCCAUUUUCUUUCCAUACACAGGGAACAAAGUACAUAGAAAACUAAAAACCCAUUAUUCAUAGUUUGCAAUACGAAAAGUACGCACGAGAAUAAUUACUUGGAUUAAAACAUUGCUUAGAAAUGUGAUGUUGUAACAUUGGUUAUUUGCACGAAUGAAAGAAAAGUCUUAGUGGCAAUAAUCAACAAUAAUUCAGUGUUGUUGUGAGUGUUUUUUUUUCAACUGGAAUAGAAUCAAGUGAAAGAGAAACGCGUACGUGUGUGUAUAUGUGGAAAUGUUCCAGUCGAAGCUUCCUAAACAGUACAAAGAAAUCACAAAUCGCCUAUAACAGUUGUAUGCACUUUCCUUUUCCAAGCAAACAUAUUUUGCAGUGACCGAGAAUUUCAACGGACAAUAACACAGUAAAAAAACAUGUAAUUGAUUAAUUGAUUGACUGCAACUUUUGUUUCGCUUUUUAAUUAUCGUUUCAAUUGGUCUACCGAUUUAGUUUUGAAAUUUGUGCGCGUUAUUCAUUUUUAAGUUGCACUUGUCAAUCAUUGUUGUCCCUAAGUUCUGGCUUCGAAUUUCAUUUCAUAAUUACAUCGCAAAAAUUGUGUGUUAUUCAAAGAAAAAAUACUAAAGAAAGAAAUUCGACUAAGAAACAGUUGUAUCGUUGGUGACAGCACAUAGAUAUGGCAGUAACCAUCGGAUUUCAACAGGCGACUUGCGAUAUUUUACACAAAACCCAAUUGAUCGACGGCUAAAUUUAGAGAAGUUUCCGAGUUCUGUACCAAAGCACACAUCAUAAUUGGUGAAUGCCGCUACGAAUUUAACGAGAUAGUCAUAAAGAGCAACGUUUCGUCCAAUUUCUUUGGCGAAACAACUUGGAAGCAACGACUCUGCGUUAGCUAGAGCACAACAGAAAAACAGUCCGUCGAUAGUUUUAACAAGAAAAAAGCGAAACAAACAUCACCAAAUUGGGACAGCAACCAUGGCAGAGGACGAUAUGGACUGCUGUGUACGGGUAGCCGUCAGAAUACGGCCGCAGAUACCGCGUGAGAUAAUCGACAUGUGCCGGAUUUGUACACAAGUGACACCGAAUGAACCGCAGAUAGUUUUAGGUGCCGACAAGGCCUUCACAUAUGAUUAUGUGUUCGAUGUGGAUUCCUCACAAAGCGAAAUCUAUAAGAAUUGUGUCGAACGACUCGUUGAUGGUGCCAUGAAAGGUUACAAUGGAACGGUUUUAGCUUACGGCCAGACUGGAUCUGGUAAAACAUUCACGAUGGGUACCGGCUUUGAGACUGAAACUCACGAAGAACAAGAAGGAAUAAUUCCGCGAGCGGUGCGCCAUUUAUUCUCUUCAAUAAGCAAUCUGAAGGAGAAUCCAUAUGAUGAAAACGGCGUUUGUAUGGAUAUGCUGCAAUUUAGUGUUGGCGCACAGUUCAUGGAACUUUACAACGAAGAAAUCAUAGACUUGCUCGAUCCAUACAACAAGACAAAACAGUAUAAAAUAACAGCUGACACAUCAGGAGCGAUAAAUGUGCCAGAUGCCACAAUCAAGCCGAUUCACGGUCCGCAAGACGCAAUGAGAUGCUUACAACAAGGUGCAUUAGCUCGAACUACAGCAUCGACCCAGAUGAAUGCUCAGUCGUCGAGGAGCCAUGCUAUUUUUACGAUUCUCAUCAAGCGUCAAAGACGAAUUUUGGCUGAGCAGAACAGUGUGAUGGAGGACGAUCUUGAAACAUUGACCGCAAAGUUUCACUUCGUGGAUCUGGCAGGAUCUGAACGACUCAAACGGACAGGAGCCACUGGCGAACGUGCAAAGGAAGGAAUUUCAAUCAAUUCUGGUUUACUAUCACUUGGUAACGUUAUCUCAGCGUUAGGUGAUUCAACAAAGAAAGCAACACACGUUCCAUACCGUGAUUCAAAACUUACCAGACUUCUGCAAGAUUCUCUCGGAGGUAAUAGCCAAACGCUUAUGAUUGCCUGUGUUUCGCCCAGCGACCGUGACUUCAUGGAAACAUUGAAUACAUUAAAGUAUGCGAAUCGUGCACGCAACAUUACCAAUAAGGUGGUUGUUAAUCAAGACCAAAGUUCGCGAACCAUUUCACUGCUGCGACGUGAAAUUGCCGCGCUUCAAAUGGAAUUGAUUGAAUACAAACAAGGUAAACGAACUAUCGAUUCAGAGGGCAAUUCAACGCUGACCGAUACAUUCCAUGAAAAUUCAAUGCUGUUGGCCGAUAACAAAAGGCUUCAGCAACGAAUCAAAGCCAUGCAAGAGACAAUCAACAAUGUAACGGACAAAAACGUUGAUCUGCUAGCGGAAAAAGAAGCAAGUGAAUGGGGUUCGAUGUCCAACGAUAAAUCCGUAUCCGAGUUAGUCGGUCGAUAUAUCAAAGAAAUUGAGAAACUUAAAGCUAAGCUGAUUGAAGCCGAACAAAUGUAUCAUCAGUUGAAGAAAUCAAUGAAUACAACGCGUAAAAAUAUAAUCACUUUCCCCGAUACGGAAGACGUUGAAGAAGUUAUUGACAUGGCAAAGCGCAAGUUGGAAAAAGAGCGAGAAAUGUUUAUGUCAAGAUCUUUGCCCGGUUUUCCCGAUGAUAAUCAAAGUUCCAUUGACAACGAGAACGAAUCGGACAGCGACGAUGAUUCAGAUGAGUCUGAUGAAAAGGUUUGUCAAGAAGAUUUGAUCGAUAUCAGCGAAGACAUUGAAUUGAAGAGUAAAUUGAUCGAACAAUUGGAAAUGACCAAGAAUCGAAUGGAAAAAAUGCGUCAAAUUUACGAGAAGAAAUUGAAUGUGCUCAAUUCGAAAAUCAUCAACACCCAACGUGAACGUGACCAAGUUCUUGCGAAUAUGUCGGCUUCAAUGGGUGGAAGCACAAAUUCUUCAGUGACUAAUGAUAAAACGAAGAAGGUUCGUGAAGAAUAUGAACGCAAAAUAAGCGACAUGCAAAAAGAGUUGAAAAAGUUGCAAAUUGCACAGCGAGAGCAUGCUCGGCAACAUCGCGAAAUCCAGGCACAAGAGACACAAUUACGUACAUUGAAGGCAGAAUUGAGCGAAUUGAAAUCGGUGAAGAUAAAACUGGUCAAGAAAAUGAACGAACAAAUAAGCCGUCACAAGGAGGCAGAGAGUCGUAAAGCGCGUGAAAUCGCCCAAUUGCGUAAAGAACAGCGUAAACAGUCAAAUGCGAUCAAGUCGUUGCAGACACAAAGUGCUGCUAAGGAUCAAGUUUUGAAGAGACGUAUUGAGGAAGUUGCUGCUUUGAAACGUGAUCGAAGAAGCAAUAUGAGCCAAAAGGCUGCUGGCCGUCUACCACCAAAGAAAACACCUGUGAUAUUCAACCCAAAACAAGCACGUACAAAGUGGGAAACUUUGCAGCGAACAAUUAAUCGUGCAGCUCGCACUAAACAAACAAUGUUCGAACUGGAAAGCGAAUUGGAGCGUUUGGUGACUGAACGCGAAUCACUGAUUAAGGAUUUGAAUGCCGUGAAACGACGACAGAAAAACGAAUAUUCAGCAGAAUUGGCUUCAGAAGAAGACACGAUUCGAAGCAGCUUGCGAUUUGUUCAAGAGAACAUCACCCAAGUGCAACAUUCCAUCGUAGAAAUAGAAGAUGGAAAACAAUCAACAUCGGAUACACAGAAUAUCCAAAAUCUGUUGGACAAUAUUAGAAGCUAUGACGAGGCCAAAUUUUUGCUGGAAAAAUUGACAAGUUCAUCGAUAUUACAAACGUGCGAAACAGCGCUCACACAGAAUCGAUUAAUAGAUAACGAAGCCCUACUCAGCGAUAUCAAACAAGAGAGCAAUAUUCAGCAUCAAUUGCUUCAGCAUGUGCUUACUCAAAAUCCGUCGGUGGCUUUCCCAGAUACUUUGAUCACAACACCUACCAUUUCUAAUAAGUUUUCGGGCACAUACACAAACCUGACGGCACUAGGUUCAGAAGAAAAUGGACAUGGGCAGAGGCCAACUAUUGAUAGUAGUAAUACUAUAAAUUCAAGCAUAAGCCGUUCCCCUUCACCAAUGCAUGACCAUGACACGAUACCGCCUCGUACACCAAACAAAGUAAGAAGACGCACUGCACAACCACAAGAUUUGCUGUUUGGUGAUUCGUCGUCAAACGAUCAAAUGUCACGUUCCUAUCAGCAACAGCAAUCACCACAACAACAAACCGACAUGACACGUAGUAGUUUUAUCCCAUUGUCACGCGUUCCAAGCGCUCCUGGUUCGCUAAAAGGAUUGAUGCCCAUUCACACAAGCACACCGACAAUGACACGACACACUUUCGCCACAAAUCAUUCGAAUAAUCCAAAGCUAUCGUCGCCGUUAUUUCCGCGCAAGUCGUUGGACACAGCGCCAACGGUACCAGUAUCUCCGCGUUUCGCGCGUCGGCCCUUUCCAAACAAAGCAUCACCCGGACUAGAUGACGAUCAACAAACACCACCAUCACCACAAGUCUAUAGGCGCAUGACAUCGCGUGAAGACACUGCUACCGAUGUGUUUUCAAGAUUAGGUGCAGGCACAACGGAACCAGCGCCAGGCGGAUCGAUUCGCGAAUACAGCGGCCGGACAAAGUUAAGCAACCCACUGAACUGUACGCAUAUUGUUGAGGGCCAUAGUAAUUCAGUUCUCUCCGUCAAAGUAAAUGACAAUCAUUUGUACACCGCUGCUGCAGAUCGAACUGUUCGAAUUUGGGAUUUAGGCAAAACAAAUGGUCCAACUGGUUUAUUGUCACAUGCCGGCCCCGUUGUAGCAGUCGAAUAUGAUCGCAAGACGAAUUUGUUAUUUUCGGCAUGUGGUGCUUUUGUUCGCGUAUGGGAUUUGCGAUCAAGUCAUACCAAAGCAGUAAAGACACUAUGCUCAUCCGGAAACACUUUGUCGGAAACACGAAACACUGCAAAUCUGGGCCUCUUUCAAACAGGAGAAACACCAGUUACGGCACUUUCUUUGGGAGCGUCGGGCAAUUUAUACGUUGCCGCAUCGGAUAAAGUACGUAUUUGGGAUCUGAGAAAUUUCUCUUGUGUUGGAAAGUUGAUCGGCGGUCAUCAGGCGGCUGUUAUGUGCGUUGCGUCGUGGAAAGGAUCGAAUGGAACAGAUUUUGUGGCGACUGGUUCAAAGGAUCAUUAUGUUAAGGUGUUUGAGGUGUCAUCAACUGCUGGCACAGUUUCUCCACUACUUCAUCUCGAACCACCACAUUACGAUGGCGUUCAAGCGUUGGUCGUCGCCAAAAAUUCGCUUGGAGCAGACGCAGAACUGUUUUCUGGUAGUCGAGAUACAGGAAUUAAACGAUGGGAUCUGCGCAACGGCGAAUUGAAACAAUCGUUAAACAAUGCACACAAAGGAUGGGUUUCAGGCAUGACCAUUUCAGACGAUAUUCUGCUAUCGGCCUGCAGGGGUGGCAUGAUCAGGCUGUGGAAUUUGAACACUUGCGAAAGCAUUGCCGAUAUGAAAACUGACUCUCCAAUCAAUGACAUCGCCUGCAAUGGACAACUCAUUUAUACAGCAGCCAAUUCGGGCGAAGUACGGAUAUGGCGAUUGGUACCACCAGCAUAAAGAAUGUGUCAAUUCUAUUCACUUCUCCUUGUAUUGUUAGCUCUAGCUUGUUUAUUUGUAGCCAAAUCGUUGACACUUGUACCUUAAAUUUUAAGAUGACAAAAACAAAAGCGAUUGUCUAUGGUUAACCAAUGAAUUUGUGCCUUUGAUUAUACCACUUACACGAAAUUAAAUAGAUUAGCGUUUCGACAUGCCGGUGACAAAAAUCGAAAAUAGCAAGUAAUUACCGUUUCAUCAUGGACGCUUCAUUCGAAGAAUUACGCAUUCCAUUCGAAUUGGUUAUUUUAUCUGUUGCAUACGUUUGAAUUCAAUAAUUUAUUUGUUGACGUUUCGAUACCAUCUUUUUUAUUUCGUCGUCUUUUUAUUUCAUUUCUCAUUUUCACUCUUUUUAUCAUUAACAAAAACACAUUAGAGCGAAGCCUUUUGUCUAGGUUUUCGAGCCUGAGUGCCAUUGUUGAUUUUUUCAUUGUUGAAUUUUCACUGAAUAGCGUCAAAGCUUUGUUUACAUUUUUUAAAUUGUAAAUUUGAAAUGUUUUGUCUGAAGUUUGACUUAUAACUUAUUGGUUGUCUCUAUAUAUAAUUUAUUUUCACAUGCAUGCUUUUUCUAUGACUGUGUUCAUAAAUAUAUUUCACUCCAUUUGCUUAUCAAAAAUAUUCUUAAAAAUAAAAAUUGUUGCAUUUUCAUUGCAGUGAUGGGAAAAUUCGUAUAUGGAGAUUUUCAACAGGCUUGCGUCGCCAAAUAUUGCUACAGACCAGAUGACAAUAUCGUUGAGAAGUUGGAAUAGAGUUUUUUUACAAUUUGGCUCCAAAAAUAAGAGUUAUUAAAUUUCGAAUAAAAUGUAAUUAUAAUAUUGGGUGAAUUUUGUUUAAAAAAAGAAGCGGUAAUACUAAAAUUCAAUUCGAAAAUAAAAAAAAACUGUUGUAUUCAACGAAAAGACAAACUAAAAGUCAUAUAUAGGCAUAUAUAUAUAUUGAUCAAAUUUGUGAUUUUGUGUGGUAAUUGGUUUUGAGAAUUUAUUCUAAAUUGGCGAUAGAAAGUUUUGUGAAUCUUUAUUAUUUUUGAGAGAAUUGCCACAAUUAAUUGACGAUUUAUUGUAUUCUGGUUGCAAAGAAAAGUCUGUUUCCAAAUUUAUUGCCUAAUUUAUUAUGAGAGUGAUAAAUGUUUCACGUGGAUAUAGCCUUAGUAGCAUAACAAGUCUCAAACGGAAAUAGAUUUUGUCAAAACGCUCACACAUUCAUUUAUAAUGAGCUCACAAUUAAUAUGAUAAUUUAGCAAUUGACUGGUUUCAUAUAUUUCAUUCUGCACAUGUUCAAUGAUAACGAAAAGACAUACCUUUGGAAUAUAAGUCAUUGAAACAAUGAUAUUCAAUGUUUUCUUUGAUGUUUUCAUCGCAAAUGGGGGGAUUUUUGUAGGUACUUAGUAUACUAGCAUGUCACUAUAGCCUAUUUGACUUAGACAAUAGAGCAAGCAUCAAAAAAUAAAUUAAAAGUGGUCACAAGCAAAUAGCAAUAAGAAUCCAUACUUCAUGGCCAAUAAAUAGGGAAUGCGUUUUGCAUUAAUUAAAGGGAUCUAAAACUUCAAACGAAAUCAUAAUUAUUCACUGGUGAAUUCCAUAGAUCUAACUAACGCAAUUUAAUAAAAAAAACUAUUUAUUUGUAAGCAAAAUAAAAAUCAAAUUUAUCUAUA